CCUUCUCAAACUGAAACUGAAACUGAAUACUUGGCACAUGCAGUACUAAGAAAUUGUGUCCACACUUUCAAUUGACACUUUCGAGAGAAGACUAGACAAUCACAUAAGCAUACUAGAAAAGGUAUAACAUAAGCUGUAGGCCUUCUGUCCUUACUAUACAAAUCUGAAUCUGAAUCAAGCCUCCUGUCCUUCUCAAACUGAAACUAAUAUAUACCCGGGGAAAUUGAGUUUGGCGCGCAGGCAUGUCAGCAGAGUAUCAUAAUGUCGAGCUUCGUAUGUUUGAUGAGGCCCAGUUCACUUGUCGAACGCUCGGAACUGGGUUGACAGUUGGAUUGAGAAACUCUAAAGUGAUUUCUGUUCGUAGGGAUAAUGAGACCGUUAGGGAAAUCCAUAUUUCCUCUCUGGCUAAUAUAUAUCGUUUCUCACAAAAAACAGUAGCUGUCUGUACGAAAAAAUGCGUCGGGGAUGCGGUCUUCACUACUUAUUUGUUGGGGUUCGAUUCUCCAGGGGAUGUCCGUAGCUUUUUAAAUUCUUCCGGUCUACUAAAACCGCUAUGUGAAGAGAACAAGAAGGAGACCCGCACUUCCAUUUUCGAUAAGCGUACUGACUCUUGGUCUGCAGUACAAUAUUUCCAGUUUUACAGUUACAUCAGUCAGCAACAAAAUAUGAUGCAGGACUACAUUCGCACUUCAACCUACCAAAGAGCUAUUCUCGCAAAUGCUUCCGCUGACUUUCGCGGAAAAGUGGUAUUAGAUGUUGGAGCUGGCUCAGGAAUUUUGAGCUUCUUCGCAAUCCAAGCUGGUGCAACAAGGGUUUAUGCUGUUGAAGCAUCUAAUAUGGCUACUCAUUGUAAUAGUCUAGUUCAAGCAAAUAAAUUGGCGGGACGCAUUGUUGUCAUCAGUGGGAAAAUAGAAGAAAUCACUUUGCCCGAACCAGUGGAUGUCAUUAUAUCUGAGCCAAUGGGCUAUAUGUUAUACAACGAGAGAAUGUUAGAAUCUUAUGUUCAUGCAAGAAAGUUUCUAGCUCCACAUCUUCGACAGCCGUUAAAAAAGAAGCAGAACAGACGUGAGCAUGAACGACUUAAUGAAGAUGAUCAAUCACCAUAUGUCAAACAGUUGUCAGAUUCUGAGCAUUCUGAUGAAGUAUUAACUGAUGAGUUGGACUGUGAAGAUAUUGACAUAGAGGAUCAGGUACAUGAUGGCGCGACAAAAUUAUCUAAUAGAUCAUUACCUUGCCCCGGAAUAAUGUUCCCGUCUGUAGCAAAUUUGUAUAUUGUUCCAUUCAGUGAUGAGGCACUCUUCGCUGAACAGUACGGGAAAGCUAACUUUUGGUAUCAACAGAGUUUUCAUGGCAUGGAUCUAACUGCUCUACGUAAUGCUGCCGUUACGGAAUACUUCAAUCAACCUAUAGUCGACACUUUUGAUAUUGGUAUUUGUCCAGCACUACCAUGUAUACACAAAGUGGAUUUCCGUACUGUAUCCGAAUCCGAACUAAGUUCAAUCGAUAUCCCUCUAAAUUAUCAAAUUACAACCUGUUCUACAAUCCAUGGCCUUGCAUUUUGGUUUGAUGUUGGUUUCUUAGGUUCUCAGCGAGAUGUUUGGUUGUCAACUGCACCAACUGAACCACUUACUCAUUGGUAUCAAGUGCGUUGUCUUAUGGGAACACCAUUAUUCGUUCAAGAAGGUCAGUCACUUAAUGGACGUGUUCUUAUGCGUGCUAAUUCUAGACAGUCCUAUGAUGUUCAAAUCGAACUGAUAGUUCCUGGUAGUGAAACAAAGAUUGUUAAUAGUUUAGAUUUGAAAAAUCCACAUUUUCGAUACAAUGGAUAUCCUCCAGCACCACCGCCUGGUUCACAUGUUCGUUCACCGACGGAGACAUAUUAUGCUAAUUUGUGUGCACAACAACAACAACAACAAAUGGAGAUGCAAUCACAAACUAUGGUCAAUAAUGGUAAUCCUAUAUCAUUGGCUGCAGCGGCGGCUGCGGUUGUCGGCGGCGUUGGUAUGCCGAAUAAUAAUAGCGGACAAAUAAAUUAUCGAAAUAGUCCUGUUUAUACAAUGAAUCAAGCGACUGGAUUUCUUGCUGCCACUGGUUCAAUUCCAAAUGUUGUUCAAACAAUCCCUUUAGCAGUUGCCAACGAUAAUCUAUUACAAAACCAACCACAUUCUAUGCAAUUAUCUCCUCAGCCAGUUAAUCAAUCUUCACUAGAAUUUGGUCGUUUUAUGACAUCGAAUCAUUCUCAGAUUGCUUCUUCAAUGCUUAGAUCAGUAAACAUUCCUUCAGCUACUCCCGUUAUUGAACCUUUGACAAAUGUUUCUGGCAGUGGAAUUCAUACAAAUGAGUCUGUGUAUUACAACCCUGUUAUUAAUUCGAAUUUCGGAGACUCCUGUUUCGCAAUGAAUAAUGUGGUCAAUCCUAGCAAAAAUUGGAAUUCAGGAAUACAUCAGGAAUAAUUCCGAGCUCUUUUAUAACCGUAUAGUUGACGGUUAAGAGUAUAUGUAUGUGAGGAUUAAUUAUUAUACAAUCGUUCGUUAUAUGUGGUGUACACAGUAAAACAAUAUAUAUAUAUAUAUUUAAACCUUUGGCAUUUUCGUAAAUUCUGAUAUUUUGAUGGAAAUUGUUUGUUUAUUGUGCAUCUAUUUAUCAUUUCUAUCAUAUAUGUUCUCUGUGAGAGUAAAAAUAAGGAUGGUUAUAUAGUUUAUGCUUCUAUCUUAUUCAAUUCACCAUAUAUACACAUGCAAGCGAAUUCACGCACAAUCAUUAUAGGUAACAUAUUCUCAUUGUUCUUUAUCAUCAUUUACUCUAUUUAUUGUCAAUGAAAUUCCUGGUCAAAUAAUUGAGGAUAAUGAUUAUAAGAAAUGAGAAAAAGAAACUUCCUUAUUUCACUAUCAAUCUUUAUAUGUACGUGGUCAAUCAAUUCAAAUGUUUUUUACUUUCUUCUGAUAAGAAAAUCAACCUAAUCACCUUUGUUCUAUCAACUGUAUCGAUGUGCUUGUGUAUAUUUGCACAGACCGGAAUGAUAAGUGAAUCCAAUGAAUAAUAAACCUAUGUUAUGAACAAAAUAGAAUCACUUCCAAUCUUAACAAUAAUGUUACCUAUAAGAAUAAAAGAAGCUCUUGUUAACUAUGAACAGAUGGAUCGUGCUCUUUUCUUCUAUUUGUGUGUUAUAUCGCUUGGAACAAUUUUUCUCUCACUACUGUAGCUGGUAUUUGUUUGUUUGUUUUUCAUUACUAGUCAAUCUCUUCUUAUGUACCAUUUUGAUAUAUGCAAACAUCCAUAUAUAUAUAUAUACUCAUAUUAUUGCAAUCAAUGUAAAAAAAAUGUAUUUAUUCAAAAUGUCUUUGGUUGGUUCACAAAAUCAUAGGAUGGUGGAUAUAUAAGAUUUCAAGUUGUUUUAGUUGCAGUUGAAUCGAUAACUGCAUCUCUGUGCUGAUGUGGUAUAGCAACUCGAACUGAUGUACGUAAAUACGAAGUUCUACGUUGUUACUGACUAGUUGCAGUUCUCUGGGUUGAUUAAUCCAGUUUAGUUAUUCAUAAUCACUCUUUUAUGAAUAAACUUGAUGACUUCCGUAUUGACAGUUACUCAAUCGUUUGUUGAACAAUAGAUACUGUUUAAUGAAAAGCGCACAUAUUUCAUGAUCAUUAUUGAGUAUUAAGGAAUUUAAUUGACAAUUCUAUUGUUUUACUCUAAUAAUUAUCAGUAUCCGAUCUAUCAAAACCUGAGUAAACAAAUAUCUUCAUUAAAGUGUAAGGAAUAGAUCCAUUUUAAUAUGAUCAACGAUGAGAGUAGCUAUAGGUUUCCAAUAUUGAUAGGCAAGAUAAGAAUAUAAUAUCAGUGCUAUAUAUCGUAGAUUUUUUGCUUAUUCAAAGCUUUAAGGUUUAUUGUUGAAUAUAAAACAGCUAUGAAAAACUAGAGGCAACAUGUUGACAGUUUGAUUUUAGUUAAGCUCUUGAACGAAGAAUUGGGGAUCACUGUCUCGAAUAUUUGAGUAGGUUUCCGUGAUGCACCGUUAAAUUCCAUUGGUAUUUUAGGUUAAAGAAUUAUUUAUUUUAAAAAUAAUUUUCGUUAACAAAAUUACAUAUCAUUGUGAAGCUUUAUACAACGAUUUACGUAAAUACUUAUUUCAUAUAUUGCUGGGAUGAAUUCAUUUUGGGUACAUUUCGCAUUGUAUAAAACUACUGACGAAAUUGUAAUUGCAACGCAUUAUCCAUUAAAUCUUCUUACAAUACGAGUAAAUCUAUUUCGUCAUUAUUUAGUACUCAGCAGUAGACAGUGAAGUUCUUACACCAGAACAAACUUGAAGCUUACUUCUCGAGCUUAGCUUGACGUCGUUAAAUCGUUGUCUCUGGUUGUUCACAUUAUUAACUUAACAUUAGAUUGCCUUGCUCAGUAUUGUAAGCGAACUCAUUGAUAGUGUCAAUCAUCUCUGCAUAUUACUAAAUGACAAAGUGUCCAACAUAUCCACUAGUGGUUAUUGAGUAGUUUGAUGCUGAUACCCAUGUACAUUGUGUCCCCUAACAUGUUGGUUACUGUGCCCUCUUCAUCAGUGAGUAGCUGAUUGUUGUCUAGGAUCCUUUCGUAUUCAGUAUUAUGCUAGUUCAUUGAUGUGUGAGCGUAGAUGAUAAUGAUUGGUUGUUUGCAUAGUCAGACAUGUAGAUAGUCUGACAGGUGUGUCAGAUGAGUUAUAUAUUCCCAUAUCCUUAUUAUUCAUUGUUGUUAGAUUGUGUCAGGUUUUUAGUGUGGAAAUAUAUUUACGUUGUGGUCAGACUAAUCACUUGUUCUUGAUCUGAGUUGUGUUCAAGUCCUGUAGAAUAGACACUGGGAUGGAAUCUAGUGUAGAUAUUCGUCUAAAGUAAAUUAACGUCCCAUACAUGUAAACAUGGAAAAAUGAACCGCUAUAACAUUAGACAAAUUAAAACCGAGCAUUAUAACAUUCAUAUUGGUCGAUAGUAAAAAUUAAGUUCUAAAUGUGAGUUAUUAAAUUUUAUUUUUAAGCAAGAAACAUAUGGAUAUCUUAAUGAUGUUGUAUUUUGUUUCCAAGUAUAUUAAUAUACAACUGAACAUGUUUUAAUUUAAUCUACACUGAAGUGUAAAACUGUUGUUUGUUUAUUGAUCGUAUCAUAUUGUAAUUUAUUUAUUUCACAAAAAAAACAUUGACGUGAAUCGUUAGAAUUUUUGAUGUUACCAUGUUUUGUGAUUCAAUUCUUUCUUAGAAUCGAUAUUGACAAUGUUACUGAUUCUUAUUUUAUAAAUUUGAAUUCAUGUUUUUGUUUAUGCGUGAAACUUUUGCACGAAUGUUAUUCUUCAUCGUGAUAAAAGGUGCUGUUUUCAUAUUGAUCUGUAUCUUUAGUGCUUGGAAUAUUUCAUUCUUUUCUGAGAGUUGCUGUAAUUGUAAUAUAAUGCUUGAAUCAAUCUUACUUAAUCUCUAACAAUAAAGUUUUCUUUC